AUGCUUCGCAAGGUCACUCUGGCCGUGGCUGCCGCCCUCGCGCUGGCUCCGGCCUAUGCCCUGUGGCCAGCGCCCCAGAAGCAGUCGACGGGACACGAUGUCCUCUACAUCGACGACACAGUCCACGUCACCUACAACGGACAGGCUCUGCCUUGUAACUAUGAGUACAGCCCGCCCGCCGGAUUCAAGUUCAACAGCAAGGACAUUGUCCAGUCGGGUCUGUCCCGCGCCUUCAAGGGCAUCUUCAAACAAAACCUUGUCCCCUGGAAACUGCGCCCCCGCAACUCCGUCUUCGAGCCCAACGCCGGCGGAAACAAAACAUGGAUCAAGUCCAUCGACAUUAGGCAGACGGAGCGCGACAGCCCCAGCGUCUUCCGGCCCCGGGCCGGCGAUGUCGACGAGUCAUACUCGCUUGACGUAUCUCGGGAUGGCCAGGUCACGCUGCAGUGCAAAUCGUCGACGGGCUGCCUCUACGGUCUCGAGAGCCUGGUCCAGUUCUUCUUCAAGCACAGCAGUGGCAAGCUAUGGUACACGCCCCACGCGCCUAUUUCCAUUCACGACGCCCCCCAGUUCCCCCACCGUGGCCUUCUCCUCGAUGUCGCUCGCAUGUGGUUCCCUGUCGAAGACAUCAAAAGGACCAUUGACGCCAUGUCUUGGAACAAAAUGAACCGCCUGCACCUGCACAUCACUGACUCGCAGUCGUGGCCGUUGGAGAUCCCAGCCCUGCCGAGGCUGGCCGAAAAGGGCGCAUACCGAAAGGGCCUGUCGUACUCGCCCGAGGAUGUCGCGGGCAUCUACGAGUACGCUAUCCACCGCGGCGUCGAGGUCAUCAUGGAGAUUGACAUGCCCGGCCACAUUGGCGUCGUUGAUCUUGCCUACGACGACCUCAUUGUCGCCUACAACGAGAAGCCCUACCAGUGGUGGUGCGCGGAGCCGCCGUGCGGAGCGUUCCGCAUGAACAGUACCAAGGUAUACGAUUUCCUCGACACUUUGUUCGACGACCUCUUGCCGAGGAUUGCGCCUUAUUCCGCCUAUUUCCACACCGGGGGCGACGAGCUCAACAAGAAUGACUCGGCACUCGACCCUGGCGUCGGCACAAACGACUCAGCCGUCAUUGCGCCUCUGCUUCAAAGGUUUCUCAACCACGCCCACGGCAAGGUCCGCAAAGCCGGCAUGACGCCCUUUGUCUGGGAGGAGAUGAUUAUCGAAUGGAACCAGACCCUGGGGCGCGACGUGGUGAUUCAGUCGUGGCUGGGCAACGGCGCAGUCAGGAAGCUGGCCGAAGCCGGUCACCAGGUCAUUGACAGCGACUACAACUUCUGGUAUCUCGAUUGCGGCCGAGGCCAAUGGCUCAACUUUGACAACGGCGCGUCGUUUCAGAGGUAUUACCCGUUCAACGACUGGUGCGGGCCAACAAAGAGCUGGCAGCUGAUAUACUCGCACGACCCGGCGGCGGGGUUAUCCAGGGAGGCCGCCAAGAGGGUGCUGGGCGGCGAGGUGGCGGUAUGGAGCGAGCUGAUCGACGGGUCCAACCUGGACAAUAUUGUCUGGCCACGGGCGAGCGCCGCGGGCGAGGUGCUGUGGUCAGGCAGGCAGGACGCCUCCGGGCGGAACCGCAGCCAGUAUGACGCCGCUCCGCGCCUGGCCGAGUUCCGAGAGCGAAUGGUGGCCCGGGGCGUGUCGGCGAUGCCGGUGCAAAUGAUAUUCUGCACGCAGGGCAACGCCAGCGAGUGUGCCAUGACGAUUACCUAG